AUGUCCGAAGGAAGUGACUCUCUGAGAACCAGCCCUUCUGUAGCCUCGCUUUCUGAAAAUGAGCUGCCGCCACCCCUGGAGCCUCCUGGCUACGUGUGCUCGCUGACUGAAGAGCUGGUCACCAAAGCCAGGGAGGAACUGCAGGAGAAGCCGGAAUGGAGACUCCGGGACGUCCAGGCCCUCCGGGACAUGGUGCGGAAGGAGUACCCAAACCUGAGCACCUCACUGGAUGACGCCUUCCUGCUGCGCUUCCUGCGAGCCCGCAAGUUUGAUUACGACCGCGCCCUGCAGCUGCUGGUCAACUACCACAGCUGUAGGAGGAGCUGGCCCGAGGUCUUCACUGACCUGAAGCCAUCGGCCUUGAAAGAUGCCCUGGCUUCUGGGUUCCUCACCGUGCUGCCCCACACUGACCCCAGGGGCUGCCAGAUCCUCUGCAUCCGCCCAGACAGAUGGACCCCGAGCAGUUACCCAAUUACCGAGAACAUCCGAGCCAUAUACUUGACCUUAGAAAAGCUCAUUCAGUCUGAAGAGACCCAGGUGAAUGGAAUUGUAAUCCUUGCUGACUACAAAGGAGUGAGCUUAUCAAAGGCAUCUCAUUUUGGCCCUUUCAUAGCCAGGAAGGUGAUUGGCAUCCUCCAGGAUGGCUUCCCCAUUCGGAUAAAAGCAGUCCAUGGAGUCAAUGAGCCUCGAAUAUUUAAAGGCAUCUUUGCCAUAAUAAAACCGUUUCUGAAGGAGAAAAUAGCCAACAGAUUCUUCCUCCAUGGGUCUGACCUGAACUCGCUCCACACGAGUCUUCCAAGAAGCAUUCUCCCCAAGGAGUAUGGGGGCACAGCCGGAGAGCUGGACAUCACCGCCUGGAAUGAGGCACUGCUGGCCUCCGAGGAGGACUUUGUGAGAGAGUUCUGCCAGCCGGUCCCCACCUGCGGCAGCAUCCCAGGUGGAACCCUGCUACCCCAGGGGCUGGUCUCUGAUGCACAGUGUGACGACUCCGUGCGGGCUGUGAAGUCACAGCUAUACUCCUGCUACUAG